UAAAUGCAUGGCAUAAGCCACUUUGUUUCAGAAACCUCAAAGUUGAACUCAGAAACUGCAUGAAUAUAAUCAUUUCAUAAGAAAAAACUACGUACAGAGAAUGGCCAGAAAAACAUGUCCAAUGAAUUUAUCAUUCAUUGUGACAUUGAUGUUUGUGCUGUGUGGCUCAAACAUGAAUGUUUGCAGAGGAGAAUGGGAAUACAAGUGGAGCAAAGAAGCUGCAGAAGAAGCUGAGGCUGUGGCAGCCAUAGAAUGUUCAGGACAUGGAAGAGCAUACCUAGAUGGUCUUGUUCUUAAAGGCCAUCAACCAGUUUGUGAGUGCAAUCCAUGCUACACUGGAUCUGAUUGCUCCAAGCUUUUGUCUAAUUGCUCUGCCAAUGCUGGAAGUGGAGAUCCAUACUUUUUGGAGCCAUUUUGGAUGAGACAUGCUGCAAGCAGUGCGAUAUUAGUAUCAGGGUGGCACAGAAUGGGUUAUUUUUACAGUGAUGGAUCAUACAUCUCACAACUAUUGGUGGAACAUAUCAAAAAGGUUCAUGCCAUAGUUGGAAACGCAAUCACUGAAGGAAAAUACAUUGUAUUUGGAAGUGGCUCAACUCAACUCCUAAAUGCUGCUGUUUAUGCCUUUUCUCCCGAUACCUCUUCACAUUCUCCAGCAAAAGUGGUAGCCACCCCACCGUAUUACCCUGUGUAUAGAACACAGACAGAAUAUUUCAAUGCUAGGAAUUUUAGUUAUGAAGGAAGCACAUCCUCGUGGAUAAACAAGACAGAUAGCAGCUCUACAUUCAUUGAGUUUGUUACUUCACCAAACAAUCCUGAUGGAAAGCUGACUAAGGGAGUUCUUGAAGGAGAUAAUGUAAAACAAAUCAAUGAUCGUGCCUAUUACUGGCCACAUUACACUGCCAUUCCUUCACCAGCUGAUGAUGAUCUUAUGAUCUUCACCAUUUCCAAGCUCACAGGUCAUGCUGGGAGCAGAUUCGGAUGGGCAAUAAUAAAAGAUGAAGCAGUGUAUGAAAAGAUGUUGACGUAUUUGGAUAUGAACACCAUGGGAGUUUCCCGUGAGGCUCAGCUGAGAGCUUUAAAGCUUUUCGAUGUUGUUCUUGAAGGAGAUGAUGGAAAAGAGAUAUUCAAAUUUGCUUAUUCAACCAUGAGACAUCGUUGGACAAAGUUGAAAGAAACCAUAUCUAAAUCAAAACGCUUUUCUCUGCAGAAACUGUCUUCCCAAUACUGCACCUUCUUCAAAAGGGAAAGAGACCUCUCACCAGCUUAUGCUUGGUUGAAGUGUGAGAGAGAAGAAGACAAAAACUGCUAUGAAAUCCUUGAAGCAGCUGGCAUCAGUGGUCGUGAAGGAAGCCUAUAUAGUGCUGAUAAUCAUUACGUGCGUCUCAGUCUCAUCAGAAGCAAAGAUGACUUUGAUAUACUCAUAAACAAGCUCAAUACCCUUGUUGCUAAACAAUAGUAUCCCAAAUAUUGUAAACAUUACUAUCUUUGUGUGGUGCCUAAAUAAAUAAAACAUUGUUUCCAGAUUGUAAGAAUUGAGUAAUACGAUAAUCAAAUUUAUCAAAAGAA